AUGGUUAAAAUUUGCAGUAUUUUCAUCUUUGCCAGCAUGGCCCUCGUGGGAGCUGAGACCGCUCCCAAGGAAGGCGUGACUAACCACGAUCAACCGGCUCUCAAUUUCCGUCAGGAACUGCUGAAGACUAUUAACGAUGCCCGUGCCGCUAAAGGUCUCAAAGACCUUUGCACCAAUAAGAAGCUCAUGAAUGCAGCGCAGAUUCAGGCAAACUACUUGGUUGAAAAAGACUUAAUCACCAGCAUGGGCGCGAGCGAAUCGACACCCGAGAUGCGUGCUGUAAAAGCGGGUUUUAACGCCAAAAAGGUGACGGAAAUCGUUGGUGGGGGGUUCUCGACCGCAUUCGACGUGGUCGCUCAGUGGGCCAAUGCUAAAAGCGUGAAGGAAACCUUAUUCAGCAAUCACAGUGUUAUGGGUUUCGGCUACGCUUUCGACAAGGCGAAGAAGAAGAAGUACAUGCACUACUGGGUGGUGGAUUUCUCGGACGGUGAAUGCGGCGAUGGAGAUGCCACAAAUAGCGAGGAGCGUAUUUCCACCGUUGAAAAGUCUCAAAAUACGAAAGACCCGUUGACUUUUGAUGAUCUGAAGACUUUACCUCCUAAAGCUGGUAAAACUCCGUUGGACGGAGCCAAGGUCCCGUCGGAUGGAGAACUCACCAACUGCACCCGGUAA